CUACGAACCAACGAUGCACCCACCAACAAGAACAGUCUUCCUGCUGCACCACGGUCCGGCCGGCUGUGCCACAGCAUCGACUCACACCAUCGAUGUGGGCAGCGAUGUCGAUGCUUUGAAGCUGGAACAGUCCAUUUGGAGCAACUGCAUCGAAACUGUGCUCGAGUACUCCCGCAUCUCCAGCGACCUUGACCAUCCUGCCAGGCCCGCUGCCAUCCUGUGCGGCUCCUUGAACCAGGCAUUGGGUGGUUUGGAGGGCAGUUCACACGCCGCGCUCAAGGACCACCUGCGCAAAGUGUCGCCUCCCACGCCCUCAACCCCACACAGGCACAACCACGAGCAGUUUCUCAAGUCCGCGUUAUCCCGCAUUGUGUCCAAUGUGACGUCGACAUCAGUCACAGCAGCACGCGAUGAACAGCAAAGGCAUCACUGCCGCGUUGUGUAUCUCAUUCCCAGCACCCAGUCGCCAUCAUCCAUCAGCCGCAUUACCAACAACGUCGGCAGCGUCGUUCGCACAUGCCACCUCAAGGCCAAAGCCAUCUUCUUCGACAUUGUUGUCGCCGUUGUCUAUGCCGGCCAUCCCGAGUUGUCACCGCUUCCUCGGCGCAUCCACCACGAGAUGCACGACGCGUACUCCUACUGCCAGCUGCAUGUGGAUGCAGCCAGCACCAUGCCAUGGUGUCACGCAAUGGUGCAAUACCACCUCAACCUCCGUGAGCUGGUCAUCUCCCCAUCGAAACCACCACCAUCAUCGUCAUCAUCGCCAUCAUCAUCACGACCAGAGCCCAUUGCGCGGCUGCUGUGUGCUGGUGGCAACAGUUCUCUCCUGCACCGGCCGUUCUUCCAGCACGCGCGCGCCAAGAGCAACGGCGUUGCUGCUGACAUGCAGCGCAACGGAAGCACUGAUAACGAUGGCUGCAGUGGUCACGGUGGUUAUGGACGUGGCGAUGAUGCAAAUGUGAUCACAGGCAGAUCGCAGGACAAGACGCAUGUGAGCAGUGGAGUUCGGGUGAAGGCGGAGGAGACAGAGGAUGAGAUGCCGGGUGAACAGAGCAGGCAAAAGGGAACAGCAGCAACAGCAACAGCAACAGCAGCAACAGCAGCAACGACAACGCGUGCAGGUGAAGCUGAUGGUGAUGAUGCUGGCGAUGAUGACGAGCAGCCCGCUAAGCGAGCAAAAGUGCAAACACACAUCGAGUCACCAGCAGCAACGGUGGCGGUGCAUGCGUCCGUUGCCACUGACGCCGAUGAUGAGAGCAAUUCCAUGGCCGGCGACGAUGAAGACGACUUGUGUCCAACGCUCCAUCUUGUUCUGUCGGCAUCUGCCGCCAAAUUCAAACCGUCGGCAGUGCUGCCCUGUCUCCGCGUCCUGCCAUGCACUCCCAUGCACCCCAGCAGCGAAACGGCGUCUGCGCUGGUUACGGACGUGUACGCGAACCACGCCGUCUACCUGGAACGAUCAUCAUUAUCCAUAUCAUCAGCAUCGUCGUCGUCGUCGUCGUCGUCGUCGUCGUCGUCGUCGUUGCAUUUGUCAGCAGCAGCGGUCAACGGCGGUGAUGACGAGAGCAGCAGCGAUGUGCGCCCGUCCACGCCGCCGUGCGCCCUCUGCAGUUUCAAGGCUGAAGGGCGCUUGUACUUUUGCGAGCUGUUGACACGGGAGCGCCCCGCCAACACACCAGCGGCUGUAUCAUCAUCGACCCCGCCAGUCCCACCUCUCAACACCGCAGCGUUCUGUGAUGUCGUGGACAGGGCUACAGUGUCCCUCACCAAGACAGCCCAGGGGGCCGGUGCGUUGGGUCGCGCUGCGUCUGUUCUCGAUCACCGCACACGCUUCUUCCCGCUCAUGCAAGCCAGCACCGCUCUCUUCAACCCGCAGCACGCCGCUGCCGCUGGUCUCCUCUCGCCCGUCACCUCGGCCGCCUUUGCUCUCUCCAUCCGAGAACGCGACAUGAACGCUGCCACACAGGCCUUGGACGCGUUUGUUGCGACGCUGCCGACGGCGCCGCCCGCAGAGAAGCAGAGCAUGUUGGCGUGUGCACUGGAGCUGCGGAAUCUCACCACUGCCAUGGCCCCAGCAUCCAAGAACCACAAGAAGCUUGCAUCGAGCGUGCGGACCAAGCUCAAGCCCCAUCUCGCGGAAGCACUGUCAUCAUCAGUGGUACCACGACCACCACCACCAUUGGGAGCAGCAGGGCCGCCGCCAGCGAUAGCGACAGCGACCGUCACGCCUGGUGCAUCGGCCCUGGCGAGUCAGGUUGUCUCGGCCACGUCCUCGCCACGACCCGUGCCAACAGGCAUGCAGGGGCUCGAGACGCCAGAGCACGUGUUGGAGGAGGUGCCGCUUGCACCGCCAAACCAAGCGCAAGCACCGGCCGCAACACGCGUGGCAGCAGCAGCGGCGGCGGCGGUGGUGCCAGACACGGAGCGCUCUGCCAGCGAACAGCAAGGCCGCCAGGGUGAAGUGGUCGUGGCGAAGGAAAAGGGCACAGAAGCAGGCCGUGACAAGCAGGCACAGCCACGCGCCCAGCGAAAGGCAGAAGCCACUCGAACAUCUGCGACAAAACCCGACAGAUCACAGCAGCCUCUACAGCAACAAACGCCAACAGCUGCCCCUGCAGCCAGCGCCGAACCAGCCAAGGCCACCCCUCAAAAGCAGCAGCAGGCGUCGAAGGAGCGUGAGAGCCCUGCCCCUGUUCGCCGUCGUGGCCGGGGGCGGACCAGUGGGCGCGCGUCAUCGCAGGCAUCGGCACACGCGUCGCCGUCAUCAUCACGCAACAGCACGCCCGUGCCCGGCGCUACUGCUGGUGGCGGCACCAAGCGGCGCAAGCCCAAGACGAGCAAGCGAUCGAAGAAGACCAAGGAAUCGCCCUCACCCGUCCAGCAGCAGCAACAGCAGCCGGCCCAGGCCCCACAAGCAACAUCGCCGCAGCAACCGCAGCAGCAGCCGCAAACUCAGCAGCAACAGCAGCAGCGUGCAACGAGUGUUGCAUCACCAUCGCCGUCAUCGUUUGGGUUUGUCGGCCUACCACCACCCUCGAUCAUGCCUGAUGGAAGCCCUGCCCCUUAUCCCGCAGCCAUGAUGCAAGGCAGUGGUGGCCUGCCCAUUUCGGCUGCGCAGCUGUCGCAGCUGAUGGCUGUGAACCCACAGGUUGCACAGCUCCUGCAUCAGCAGCAGCUGCUUCACCUGCAUCAGCAGCAGCAGCAGCAACAAGCGGACGAGAAGCAGCAGCAGCAACAACAACUGCAGCAACAACAACUGCAGCACCAGCAACAGCAACUGUUGCAGCAGCUACACGAGGCACAGCUUGCACAGCAAGCGGAGUUCUUGAAGCAACAACAACAACAGCACCAGCACCAGCAGCACCAGCCACAAAUGAUGCCUGGCAUGUACAUACCAUAUGGGAUGGGGAGCGUUCUUCCCGCGUCCUCCACGACUGGCGUCAGCACCUCUGGUGGGCGGUUGCCGCAAACGACCAUCCCUGGCAGCGGCAUUGCUCCGCCCAUAUUCAGCCCGCAGCUUGGGCUGCAGCCGAGUCAGCUGAUGCAGGCCAGUGCCCAGGGCAUGCUGCAACCCAUGCUGUACCAGCAGCAGCUGUUUCAACAGCAGCAGCAACAACAGCAGCAGCAUUUUGUUCCGUCGUCAAGCAUGCCUGGUGGCGUCAGUGUGGCGUCUAUACCGCCCUCACUCACCCCUGCGCAGGUCCAAAUGCUCCAGCAGUACCAACAACAGCAACAACAACAGCAGCAGCAACAACAACAGCAGCAGCAACAGCAGCAGCAGCAGCAGCGGCCCUCUCAGUGAGGAACUGCGAAGAUGGGGCGUGGCGACACGGUGCAUGUGCGUGUGUCUGCAUGUGCUGCUAAUGAUGUCAUUUGCUUUCCCGCUCUUUGUUUGUUGUGCACUUGCAUGGUGUGUGUUCUUUACUGUAGCGCUGUAACUGGCGAGCAACAAACUAGUGCAACACAAGAUAACAAACGCGCGUUGUUAGCAACAAGCAC